AGUAUUUAUCCAAUCCAUUUGUGCUCAUGUCCAUAUGCACUACAUUUGAUUAGGUUUUACUUAUCUGACGCCAUUGCUAGUAGUGUAGGGAAGUUUGAUGGACUCAUUCUUUCACCGGAUUGUAAACAACAGAUAUACAAAUAUAAGUUGGGGCACAUAUAGCAGCAGAUCUGCUAAUCCAUGGAUAUUCUAGCCCUCUCAACUGUGCAGCCAAAUUGAGAAAUAGAGCAUUUUAGCGCAUUUUGUGAAGUUUGAAUGAUCAACGGUGCAGCUACUUCUGUCGAAGCUUGAAAUGUAGGCCUUGUUCCAGCAGAAGCUUGGGUUGGACGUAGGGUUGCAUUCUUGAUGUGUGGAAUAAUGUUUGCAACAUGAAGUCCAUGAUACGAGUGAAUUUCGGAAUCAGAAAUAUUAAGUUCGAAUUUGUCUGGGCGUCAUGCAUCAACAUCACCAGCUGAUAUAAUGACACAAUCAUUGUCAAUCAGCAAACAUGUGCCUCCUCAUGAGCAUGGCGACCUUUCAUUUACAACCGGUGAAACUAGUUCCCGGUAACGUCUUGCGGGGUGCCUAGUUGCGGCGUGGUGGGAGCGAACGAAGAAACAUGUGGGGAAUCGAACUGGUUUAGAAGUUAUAUUGUUUUGGGGUGCGCGGUGAUGCAUAGGCAACUACUUGUUCAUUCGGGAUGAGAAUUUGAUUGAGAAGUUGUAACAAUUGCAGAGUACCUGAUGGGAAAUAUGCCUGGGUUUUAACUGAAGAUACUUUCUAACAUGUCGAGUGUCAGAUAUGUAGAAUCAAUAUACGUGGAUGACCCAACUCCGAUCAACAUCUAUACUUUAGGGUUCGUUAACGAGAGCUGUGAGGAAAACCUGUGUGAAGAGGUUUAAACAUAUUGAGUUGGAUGCCCCUGUAUUUGGGAACUCUUCAAGAAUUCGCAGUGAUAUAUUUGCGGUCGUAGAAUGGGCAUCUGAAUGUUCCUGUUCGUGAGUCACAAAUCCCGACCAGCAUUCAAUUCUCAACAUAACUACGAAAGUGAAGCAAGGAAACUCGUACAAGUAGUCUUUCUCUAUAUGUGCCGAUCAUGCGCAGUGUAUAGCUCAAAGAAAUAAGUUUACAGCAUCAGUUUACAGCAUCUGAAUAACUCCACCUUGUUCAACUCUGUGAAGCCCUUGGGUUGGCUACAACCCGUGCUUACUUCCGCCGAAUAUCUGAUUAUCCUCCUCACUCAUGGUUCCCCUUGACUUUGUUGCUGCAUUGCGAAAAGGUUGUGCUCUCAGAGCGAACCCUAAUUUUUGAGGUUGUGGAGUUCGACGAAGUCUGCGUCAACAAGUGAAUGGUGAUUACACCAGAUUGAGCGCCAUGGAUGACGCUGCGGGGAGUUCAGUUGGCGCGUUGGAGUCAUCUGCGGGACUACGGCGAGCUUCAAUUACUAAAAAUGAUGGGAAACAGGGUACUCAUUUUACGGACGUUCCUACUGUUGUGUUGGGCUCAAUAUUGUCACACCUGGAGGAUCCCGUUGAUGUUAUGUCAACGCUCUCCACAUGUCGGCUUUGCUGGUCCCUUGGUCGCACUGAACCAUUUCGCCUCCGCUUGCGACCUCGACAGUUUGACGAGACACCUGCUGCUAAUUGCGAAGACGCAUUACAGAACAGUGGCAGGGUGACUCCACAGACAGCAGGCUCUUGGACUCGAGCUGCCUUAGGAGCCAUUCGAAAACAUAUGUGCGCCACUCGGGAGCUUCACCUGGCUGGGUUGUCCAUUGUAGAUGACGAUGUUGCGGCGAUUUUGACCAAUUUACGAUGUUUGGAUCGUCUCAUUCUGGACAACUGUCAGAAACUAACGAGUGCUGUUGCCGAUGUGCUUGCGGCUUCAGUGAAGUCUGGACCGUUGAGUAUAAGUCUUCAAAGGUGCUUUGGUUUGAAUUCUACAUCAACUGGGAACCUUCUUGUGGCCUCUGCAGCCGAUGGUUCAAGAUUGAGAACCAUUUUGCUCAGCCAUCUAGAUAGUUUAGAUAUUCCUCGAGAUGAUGUGUCUGUGUCACAUCCUCAAGAUAAUGAUUCCGAUAGGGAAUUGACUCGGAGCGACAGUGAUCUUGCUAAGUGUUUGGGUAGCAUAAGCAGUGGAUCGGGGCUACGAAUUCUUGCACUUAACAAUUGUGCUGGUCCCUCUGUUGCUGAUUUCACGGCUGUGGCUAUGCUAUUCCCCCAUCUUGAGAUGCUGCUUUUGGGUGGAUCUGUUCAAGCUCAAGGGCUUAGCAGAAUAGAGGCUGUAUCACAGGACGUUAUUUCUUUAACGACGUCGGCUUUAGUUAGAAUAAUUGAGCUUCUUCCCAGGCUGCGAGUGCUUGAAUUGACAUUCUUUACUUCUGCCAUUGUCCAGGCGGUGAGAGAGCAGGAUAAGAAAAAAAUUCAUAUUUGGGAUUUUUGUGAGGAGAGUUCUGUGGCAGCAGCUGCGUGGGUCCUUGAUAGUCUGAAAAAGGUCAAACCUGGAAGUGCUAUUAAUGACCUCCUACGGCGGGUCGCCAGCUGUAGAGUUGAGGCUAACGGUCCGCCAGGACGAGAGACUACUCCUGUGUUGUUUAGCAAAAGCAUCAGGGCUCAAUUUUGGCAAGAUGGAUUAACUUUAUCUGAUUGUCUAAGCACUGGCUCCUUUGCAUACACAAACUUUAAUGUUGGUGGAAAGCAGUUCAAAUUCCCUCAAAACGAUGACAUAUGGGAUUCUUCGACUGAGGAUGUGGCCUUGGGUCUCCGUGGAGCAGCUAACUGUUCUGAUGUCAGAAAACGAACCCCACUGCACAUGGCAGCUGCUCGUGGCGAUGUUCCCAUGAUUGCUGGACUGCUUGCGAUUGGUGCGGUGGCUGUGGGAAUGAAAGAUUCUUCAGGGGGUACAGCUCUUUUUGUGGCAGCAGAAUCCGGGUUUGCUCAAGCUUGUGAGCUUCUGCUACAAGGUGGAGCUGAUGUAUUGGCCAGCAACCGAGCAGGCGAGACUCCGCUGUAUAUCGCAGCUCUCAGAGGCCAUUCUGCCGCUGUUGGCAUCAUGCUAGCUCACUGUCAUGAGCGUGGGGUGAACUGGCAGGAUGCCGAUGUUUAUGAGCCUGCAGGCCAGACCUGGGAGCAGAUGCCUUUCCCGGGUGUGGGAGCCCUCCGAUGGUGCCUCACAUGGCAGCCAGGUGAUGGAUGGACUCCUCUCAUGGCAGCAGCGGUCGCGGAUCGCCGAAAUGUGGGAGAGAUGUUACUCUGGGCUGCGAGAUAUGAGCUGGGGUUGGGUGCUAUCCAGCAGGAGCAGCCUUUGAAUGAUUUGGAUUCGGCAACAAUCUCUGCAGAGGCUUGUAAGUCGGAAGAUUCUAAUGAGAAAUCUGAGAUGCCGGCUUAUGCUGGAAAAGCCAAAGACCUGAAUGCAGUGUCUGCAUUAAAUAGGCUACCAAAGCUGCUGAAUAGGCAGAAUCGGUAUGGACAGACAGCACUUCAUAUAGCAGCCCAGAAGGGCUCUGUUUGGUUCAUUGAGAAACUACUUAGUGCAGGUGCAUCGCUGGAUGUUCCAAAUGCUUAUGGCGCUCGUGCAGCUGAUGUUGCCAAAAGAUACAAACAUACAGAUGUGUUAGACAUACUCAGAGCAUGGGAGUCCAAGCAGCAGAAGGAAGCUCCCGCUUUAGGGGGUAAGAAAUCGGCUCGAAAAGCUAGAAGAAACAAGGGCAAAGUCUUCAGAGUAGACAUUCUUGAUCAGGAAUUUCCCAAGCCUGCCUUGGAUUGCAGUGAUGUAAAUUAGGUCCCUCUAGAUAACCAGAACUUUGAUCACCCCGGACUUGGAGAAGUAGUGACAGAAUCAUCGCCCAAUGUUGUUGCCCAGCAGCAAGUGGAUAGUGGAGCAGAUUCAUGGGUGCAUGUUUUUGAGUUAGAUGAGUGUAGGAAAUGGUGCAAGAUCUGAACAUUCAGAUAACGACGUUCAAUUUGUGCAAAAUACAGCUUCUAAUCCCCAUAGUCCCGCUCUUUAGAAUUAGUUUGCAGGCUUGUUGGAGAAGCCUCCUGGGAUUGUAUCUAUGUGGUAAUAUGAUUCGGAAAUGACUUUCUGCA